AUGGCGGGCGCCGCCGCGGCCCACAAGGAGUCGCUGGAGCUGCCGGCGGGCGAGGCGCGGGGCCGGCGGAGCAGCUGGCGGGAGUCCAUCUGCCGGGCCGUGGGCGGGCGCGGCGCCUCGCAGAGCCUCACGAGCCGCUCGUCGGAGCUGAGCUCCGGGCCGGAGUCGUCGGCCGCCUCGGCCUUCUCGCGCCUCUCCGUGGCGACGCUGCUGGGCCUCUCCGGCCUGGGCCCCAGCGCCAGCGGCACCACCGACCAGCCCAAGACCGAGAAGGCCCGCUCCCUCCUGCGGCUGUUGUUGAGAAAUCAGAAGAGUCCUGAAAAUUCAGGAUCUGAACUGAACACUGAUAUCCAUAAUUUAAUUCCUUGUGGUGAUGUGGUUGGCUUGCUGGCUGUUAGUGUGAAGCAGUUAAAAGAUUUCACUCCCAAAUUCAAUGUUAAGCGAGAUACCAGCUUGCUGAUUCGCAUUAGUAUUGACAAAAUAAUGAAAUGCACAAAUCCUCAAGUGUACAGAGCAAACCAAAAAUCCAGCAAGAAGAUCACUACAAUUUAUUUCGGAGAUGUGAGAUACUUUUCUGUAAAGGUUCCGAACCAGAAAAGUGAUUGUAGGAAUAGAAUCGUUCUAGAGUUGGUCGGCUUUGAAGGUCCAAAAGACUUCCCAAGGCUGUUUGGGACUGUAACUAUGCACCUUUACGAAGUCAUUCAGAGGCAGUCCUUUACUGAAAUAUGUGCGGUGAGAAUUCGAAAUAUGGUUUUCUGCAUGGCAGAGGUGGAGUUUAUGUUCUGCUAUGGAUGUUUUGGAUACGGAUAUUCACAUCAGCUGAAACUGCCGGGUGCGGAUCCUGCCAAGGCUGUGGCCUGUUCCAUGUUCAUGCGGGUUCCACCACCAAAAGACAGGAAAGAUCAAGCAAGCAACGUCAUCAAACCGCAGCUCAUGGAUUAUCCUGCAUUCUUGUCCCCAGACUUAAAUGUCACAGUGGGGAAUGUUGAGCUGGAGGCGCCGAUAAAAGAUUCCGAAGACUACCAAACACUUCAGAACGCUCUGAAAGAACCACCUCGAGAAAGACUGGUGAAAAUGAAACAAGAAUAUCGGAGUCUGAAAACGUGGCGUGAAAAGGCUGAAUAUUUAGACCAACUUAUCUUGAAAAGGGGACCAAAGACAAAGCCUGGCCUAACCAAGGUGUCUCGAUUCAAACAAAUGGUUGGGAAGGUACAGCACCCUGUUAUUAAAGAAAGUGCUUCAGAUAGCGCACCAGAGACAGUAUUACAUGAAGAAAAACAACCUGAAUUUAUGGCGGAUCUUCUCAGUGCAGCCAGGAUUCCUGUCAUGCCAAGCACCAUAUCCGAAAUUCCUGUAUCGUCGAGGCAAAGAAAAACCUAUUCAGACACAGACUCAGAAAGAGAAUGUGGCCUUCCGCCAUCGGCUGACACCUUGCCUUCUGUGCCAGCCCUGACUGUAACGUCGAGUGGUUCUGCUGCUUCUCAUGUACCUUCAGAUAUUAUGGGGAGCUUUGAAAGUAAAAUCAGAAGAACAGAAAUUUCCCGCGAGUCAGAAACCUCUCUGUCCAGUUCUGGUGGAGUCCCAGCAGAAUUUUCAGACGGCCCGGCUGAGGCAGGAGACUCGGAAAGCACGGCUGUGGGAAGCCUUGGGAGCAGAGCUGCGGAGGAGGAACCGCCUCCCCCGGCAAAGCAGUCCCCACGACUAAUGCAGGAAUCGCAUUUUAGGUCUGAAGCUUUUGUGGAAGUCCCAGAUGAAGCUGAAGCACCAAAACCACCAGAGUCAGCUAAUGAAAUUCUACCACAAUGGCCUUGGAAAGAAAUUGAGUUCCAGGAAGCAGUUUUCAGUGGAGACAAGUUUGAACCUUUCUUGAGACAUAUCAGAGGAGUACAACCCCCAGUACUUCCUGAGGGCAAAGUAGAUGAAACAUCCAUUUUCGGUCAUUUAGAAAACACACGCCCGUACGUCGAAAUCAAAGAACAAGAAGACCAAGACCCGCCUCGUCCGAUGCCUCCAACAAAGGCUGUCAGUAGUUCAGGCCCCAAGUUAGUUCAGAGUGGUGAGCAGCUUUCUAUACUAAGACUAAUCGAAAAAAAGAUUGAACUGGAAGAGGAAGAGCCACAGCUUGCCAUACAGAAGGAUGAAGAACCAAACCCUUGGACAGUCGAACCAGAUCUCCCUCAAAAGCCACUUGAAAAGUUUGUUUCAGAACCAGAAGUAAAGCAAGUCCAUAUUUCUUUUAAGAGGUCUGUUGAAGACUUCCUUGUCAACAGACUUAUAAAUGUAAUAGCGUUGAAAUCACUUUUAAGCAAAAAUGUUGAAAACCUUGUUGAAGAGAGGCUCUUGGAAGCUGAAGUAUCUGAAGAACUAGAGGACAGCAUGGAUACUGUGGAGAGCUUGCCGGAUGAGAAGAGAAAACAUUUACUUGGCGGAAGACAACCCCGUUCUGGAGAGAGGCUUUCAGAAGUGGACAUAAGGAAUUUGAAAACGGUUGCAAGUCAAAACUUGCAAGCCAACCUCAUAGGAAAACUUUCUGCACAUGGGAUAAUCUCAGGCAUGGAGCUAGCUGAGAAUAACCAAAAGGUUUCUACCUCAAGUUCUCUAGAGGAAGAUUUGCUCCAGAGCAAGAAACAUUUGUCCAAGGAAACAAUUUCACAAACGGACAUCAUAACCUUAAAAUCACUAAGUGACCUUCUGUUAGGAGACAGUUCCAAAAUGGAAUCCGCCCAAAGUAGCCAAGAGGACCAGCGGGGGGUCGGAGAGCCUGGUCCGUCUGAAAGCAAAAUGGACGACGGAGAAUCUGCUUUAGGUGUUCAAAGCCAAAGUUGUUCAGUAGAAGGAACCAACACAGAGGCUGGCUUAGGCAAGGAAUGCCUCCCCAAAUCGCUGGAAAUCAUUAGAGUAAGAUUACCAAUGAGCACAGAAACAGAGUUAACUAAGAAGUCACUUUCGGAACCAGAAGUAGGUCUCAAAUCUGAUCCAAACAAAACUGUUAAUGACACUGUUAUUGAAAAACUUUUAAAAGCAGAACUAGUCAGUCUAAAGUCAUUUUUAAGCAAAGGACUCCAAGAUCACUUUAAAGAUAAACUUUCAGAAACCGGAUUGAGUACAAAAGAAGACUUUGAAAAGGUGUGCCAGAAGUUGUCCUUGAAUGUGAAAGACGAACUCACAACGGCACUGGAGAAAGCUUUACCUGGAGGAGGCCAGGUUUCCUCUAAGGAGAGUCUUCCUGAACUAUGUGCAGUGAAAGGGCAGCCUGUGUUCAAUGAAAGUAUUCGGAACUUUCUCUUAGAAACACUUUCCGAAAGUGAGAUUGCCAAUCUAAAGUCUGUAUUAAACAAAAAGAUCCAAGACCAUCUUUUAGAAAGACUUUCAGAAAUAGGCUUGAUUACAGAAGAAGAAUUAAUAAAAGUACUUGAAAACUUCUUUCCAGUAGUAGCCCAAGAAGCACUGCCAGGAGGAGUUAAUGAAAAAAUCUCCUUCGAAAAAGAGAAAAUUGCACGUUCAGUGUCCUCCUUAACGCAAAGCCUGCAAGACAGAUUUUCAGAAGAAGAAUUAAAAAAUCUCAAGUCUCUUUUAAACAGACUUUUGAAAGAAGACCACAGAGACAGACUUUCAGAAUCAGACAUAAAAGGUUUAACAUCUGUUUUACAGAAGAACUUCAAGGACCUUCCCAUUCAAAGCAGCUCUGAAACAGGGAUAAGCAGAGAGGUAGAAAUAAAGGAUGGCCAUAGCAGAUCUUUGCUAACUAUUGAAGAAAGUUCACCUGAAGAUACUACUGUGGGUGUAGCUGAGAAAGAAAAAUGUUAUUCAAAGGACAGUCUUAGCAAAAUGAUUUCUGAUGAAAAACUUGGCUUAGGAGAAAAACCAGACCUUUCUGUCAAUGGUGUUUUUGACACAGAAGCAAUGAACAAAGAAACUCAAACCAACGGUUUCAUUUCCCCUCCCAAAAAACUUGCCAUGCAAGGAGAAAAGCCUGAUCCUUCUAUAGACAGUGUUUGGGGCACAGAAAAGCACAGUGAGACUCAGACCACCGAUUUCAUAGUCCCUCCCAAAAAAGUAAAACAAAGUUCUAAAAAAGAAAGCGACAGGUUGCAGAGUUCUGAUAAACCAGACAUGCCAAAUCCAAAGAAAAGGUAUGAAACAAUAUUUAAAAACAAACUAUCUGAUGAUUCUUUAAAAAGAACACCUGAACCCUUCACCUCUUCAUCUUUUUUGAGUGCCCAUGAUAUUGGCGUCCAAACUGAAAUUAAAAAUUACCUCUCCAGGCCUCCAGGUUAUCUCCCCAAGCCCACUUUUCCAGUCAACCCUCAGACAUUUCUCUUCCUGCAUUCAGAAUCUGAGGAAGAAGCAAGGCCGGCAAGCAAACUUCCUCACAAAUCCAGACGCAGCAAGAGGCCAGACCAGCUCUCUAAAAAAGAUGCCAUGCCACACUAUCUGCAACAAGUAGUGGUCAAUACGCCAGUUAAGAAGGAAAAGACAACGGGCAGAAUUAUGCCUAAGGAUGUGUUGAAAGAAAAAGGCAGGAAGCAUUGCGAACCACCUUUUCCAAAACUAACCGCGACAGAAAGCAAGAGGGACAUGAAGACAACAGCAGCCCCUGGCGUGGCGAGAAAGGAAAGCUUGAAGCAAAAAUCUGAAAAGAAACGAGAUGAGAUCAGGCCCAGAAAAUCCUUUAGCAAGAUUGCCGUCCUGUCUGACCCCCAGCCUCAGAAUGUGGGAGGAACUCCUCCGGACAAACCGUCUGCAACACAAUUCCCGGGUCCUUGGCGCACAAAAGGAAAUGCCCCGGUAAGGACAGGGAUUGUCUGAAUCUUGUGCGUGAACAAGACAAUGUGACACCUGGAGGCAGCAUAUAUAUAUAUAUAUAUAGGACCGUGUCUGUAAUGCGUUUGUGUUUCCCUAACUGGUAGCUCAGGGCCAUGUAGACUCUACUGUUCAGCAUAAAUGUUGAAGCUGAGUAUACUGAAGAAACAUGACAGACUUUCAAGUAAAGGUUCCCUUCCGGCCUAAAAAGUUUAAUACCAGCUGGUUAAACUGCACCCAACAAACCCAGCGCUUACAGGUUGCUUGGAUUAUGAACCAGCAGAUUUCACUGGACAAUGUUGCUUUUGAAGUGUACUGAUAAGAGUUUUUCAGAGACCUGAAAGGGGUGCUGUAGAGCUCUUAAUCUCGGCUAUAUUCAUAUUCCGUUUUUAUGCCCUGCUGAGGACUCUAGUCAGGCUGGGUUCUGGUUGCACGGCCAGCGUGUGUGUGUAAUGUUUGCUGUGUGAGGCUCUUGCCAGUGGCUUUUGCACAGCAACUCUGAAUAACACCUUUCCUUCCCCAUGUGUGCAUGAACAUACACGCUCACCUCUGUGUCCACAGCUUUUGUGGAUCUGGAUUAUUUUCAGACUUGUGGAUUGUAGCCCUUUUAAAUUGGGGGGGGGGUUUCCCCCCCCAUGGCUGCUCUGUCCCUCAGCAAUACCACACCAUUCAACAUUUUGUCAGUUCAAUGACUAGAACACAAGUUAGUCAUCUUGUGAUUUCUUCAAGCCCUGUGUUGCUUAAAAUGUCUAAUGUUAGAGAAGUUAAGUCUGCCCUCAAGGAAAGCUUCGGUGCUUUUAGCCCUUUCUGCCCUGACUUUGCUACUCAACUUACUACUUGACUCCGUGUUUCCCUGUUCCUUCACUAUUUUGCCUAUCAACAGCACACCCCAUCCGUGAACCAUAUUUGAGAAUUUUCUCUAGUGGUUCUUUAUCCCUUUUUAUCUAGAUUUAUGGCAUACCUCAUUUCUAAGAUUCAGGGAAAGUAAGAAAAACAAAUUUCUACAAAUUUCCCGCUUUUCAAUCCUAGCCGGGAUCAAGAAUUUUCUUUAAUGCUUCUGAAAACUGGUAAUGGGAGGAGCUCCCAUGAGUGGGAGGAGCUGCUGCAGUCGUGCACCCUUGCUGCUGACACCCAACUCCAAGAAAGAACACGCGUGAUCUCCUUGGCUGGCCUUUCCCUCAACCACAGGGAAACUGUAAUUGCAACCUUGUAUGUUAUUUCUUACCCCUUACUUGCUUAAGGUUUUCCUAGGCAUACUGACUGUUCCUUUCUCUCAUAGACUGUGUAUUAUUUGCGACUGUUCAUUACUCUCUGAAUAGCUGGUAUUUUUGUGAGCAGUCCAUGACAUCACAGCAGCUCAGCCAGUGGAGGAGAGCUCACAGAUAACAGCUAGUGUUGUGCCUAUUAGAUACAAGAUUUCAUUCUUUUUGGAAUUAGUCUAAUGUAUAGAUGUUAGCUAUUAUAUGAGUGGGACAAAUGACAUAGGUAUACCAAAUGAUGCAACACAGUGUAUAUAUGAUUCCACAAUGAGUCGACAGUUGAGAUCUGAAAAAAUUUGUAAGAGAUUCACUGAUAUGAAGAAGUUUGUCAUCGUCAUGAUUACUAUUAUUAUACACCUGAAUGCUUAAACAACUUUUAUCUGGUUUUAUUUCAUAUUUAGAACAUUCCAGGCACACUUGAUUUAGACAUGGAAACUUUUAAGCAUCUUGAGAAAGCCAUAGAAAGGGCUCUUAUAGAUUUAGGGAAUGCCCCAGAAGGCGGCCCUAGCCAGGCUCCGCAUUCUGCAAGACCAGGCUCUGCUCCAGGGGUUGCUGCCACCGCUAAAGAGUUGCUCAGGUUACUUUCUGCAAAUGCAUCUGCCGUUGAAAGUCCAAGGAUUUCUACAAGCUCGUUAUCAGAGAUGCUGGACAAUCAAGAACACAUACUAAAAGUGAGCCCGGAACAACUGGAGGUUGUACUCUGGACUCUUCGAAAUGUAUUACGGCAGACCACAAGACCCCCCCCCCAAAUAGGAGUUAGAUGGAAACCAUCAGUGCCUAAACCAACUGCGUAUGUGUACUUCAUGUGUUACUAUUUUCCACACCUGUAGUGAGAAAUAAAACAUACUUCGUAAGUG